AUUUCAGAGCGUGGGAACUACUAAGGAGAAAACAAAACAAGACAAUUCAUCCCACACACACUACUCAGUUGUCGUCAAAUUUGGAGAUUUUCAUUAGUGGAGUUAAGUAACCCAUCAGAGUGGCUUAGUGGGCAGUCUCGGAAAGGCAGAUCCUCUGGGUUCACAACCCUGCCUCCCUCACUCUGUGAUUCUGGACAAAAGACUUCAUCUCUCUGGCCUCAAUUUCCCCAUCCUCUCAACUAUAUACCUUAUGAGAGUCUGAGGAUUAAGGAGCUGAGACCUAAAGUGCUCGGUACUGUGCCUGGCAACCUCGUGAGCGUUCAGAAAACGUUGGUAACCCUUACAGUUGGUCAGGUCAUCUGGCUAGGCCAAAAGCGCACUUCAGGACCCCUCUGCUCAGAUGCCGGUGUCCCUGCCCAGGCCUGGGCUGAGCAAAGUUUUGACCUUGAACUGAGGUCCUAGGGGACCAAGGGGCCCGUGCACCUGCCGUCUGCGAGAGGCACGAGAAGAGACAGUGUUGUUAAUAACAAUACUUGUAGUGGAAGGAAUUGCUGUGGCCCAAAAGACUCAAGAUGGACAAAAUAUUGGAAUGAAGCACAUUCCUGCAACCCAGUGUGGUAUUUGGGUUCGAACCAGCAAUGGAGGUCAUUUUGCUUCACCAAAUUACCCUGAGUCAUAUCCACCCAACAAGGAAUGUAUCUACAUUUUGGAAGCUGCUCCACGUCAAAGAAUAGAGUUGACCUUUGAUGAACAUUAUUAUAUAGAACCAUCAUUUGAAUGUCGCUUUGAUCACUUGGAAGUUCGAGACGGGCCAUUCGGUUUCUCUCCUCUUAUAGAUCGUUACUGUGGCGUAAAAAGCCCUCCAUUAAUUAGAUCAACAGGGAGAUUCAUGUGGAUUAAGUUUAGUUCUGAUGAAGAGCUUGAAGGACUGGGAUUUCGGGCAAAAUAUUCCUUUAUUCCAGAUCCAGACUUUACUUACCUAGGAGAUUGCCAGUUUGAGCUCUCAGGAGCUGAUGGAAUAGUACGUUCUAGUCAGGUAGAACAAGAAGAAAAAACGAAACCAGGCCAAGCAGUUGAUUGCAUAUGGACAAUUAAAGCUACUCCGAAAGCUAAGAUUUAUUUGAGGUUCCUAGAUUAUCAAAUGGAGCACUCAAAUGAAUGCAAGAGAAACUUUGUCGCAGUCUAUGAUGGAAGCAGUUCUAUUGAAAACCUGAAGGCCAAGUUUUGCAGCACUGUCGCCAAUGACGUAAUGCUUAAGACAGGCGUUGGAGUGAUACGGAUGUGGGCAGACGAGGGAAGUCGCCUCAGCAGGUUUAGGAUGCUCUUUACUUCCUUCGUUGAGCCUCCCUGCACAGGCAGCACUUUCUUUUGCCACAGCAACAUGUGCAUCAAUAAUUCUUUAGUCUGUAAUGGUGUUCAAAACUGUGCAUACCCAUGGGACGAAAAUCACUGUAAAGAAAAGAAAAAAGCAGGACUAUUUGAACAAAUCACUAAAACUCAUGGAACAAUUAUUGGCAUUACAUCAGGGAUUGUCUUGGUCCUUCUCAUUAUUUCUAUUUUAGUACAAGUGAAGCAGCCUCGAAAAAAGGUCAUGGCUUGCAAAACUGCUUUUAAUAAAACUGGGUUCCAAGAAGUGUUUGAUCCUCCUCAUUAUGAGCUGUUUUCACUAAGGGACAAGGAGAUUUCUGCAGACCUGGCAGACUUGUCAGAAGAGCUAGACAACUAUCAGAAGAUGCGGCGCUCCUCCUCUGCCUCCCGGUGCAUUCAUGACCAUCACUGUGGGUCACAAGCAUCUAGCGUCAAACAAAGCAGGACCAACCUCAGUUCCAUGGAACUUCCUUUCCGAAACGAUUUUGCACAGCCACAGCCAAUGAAGACAUUUAAUAGCACCUUCAAAAAAAGUAGCUACACUUUCAAACAGGCCCAUGAGUGCCCUGAACAGGCCCUAGAAGACAGAGUGAUGGAGGAGAUUCCCUGUGAAAUUUACGUCAGGGGGCGAGAAGAUUCUGCACAAGCAUCCAUAUCCAUCGACUUCUAAUCUACUAAAGGUGACAUUAAUUAUUCAGUGCGUCCGUAUAUAGCCCACAGAGCACCCAUAUCAUUUCCAGCAGCCAACCCUUUUCUCCUAUCCAAAUUAGGAAGACCUUUACUUACUAAUAACCUAUUGUCAUAGUGACAUUUUUGUUAUCUCAGGCAGUCUUAUGUAUGUUAAGCCAACCAAGUAACUUAUAUUUGGUGAGGGGAAAAAAAUCAUAAUCAUCUGAGGCCUGGUGUCACACCACCAGUUAGAUAGCAGUUGAAGAGGGGAAGUGAUUACAUUUAGCCAGGCCCAGGCUGCCUAUCAGUUUUAGCAGCAGAAACACUGUUCCUGACUAAGAAAGCUCUGUCAGUAUCUUGGUCCCACAAUAAACUUUAAAAAUUUUGGAAGAUUUUUCUUUACAUUCCUUUACAUUUUUUCUCUUCAUUUGUUUUUUAAGCCUGUAAUUUUACCAUCUCAGUUUCUUACAUAAAUAUAAAUGGUUAAUAUACCAUAUACUUCAAUAUAGGCAUUCUUAAAUUUGUCCAAAUAUAGCUUGUUACUGUGAUAAGUGCCAAUUAAGACAAUUAUACUUCAUCCAUCUGUUUCUUCUUGACUAAUCUCUAUACUUCUGUCUUUUAAUUACUGGAUGCGUAGUCAUUAUUUUCUCUGAGAAGUAGUAGAUAUGAUUUAUCACCUUUGAAUCAUAUUAUAUCAUAGUUAUAUUGUCCUAGAAAAUUUCACAAUUCCGGCAUGUGUUGCCAGAUACGACUAAAAAUUUGAGAAAGACAAAAUCUGACUGCAAGCUUUUGAAACUUCACAAAUUUGGUCACAUUCUGUGACAGCCUGUUCAACCCAGUAAA